AUGGUUGGGAGCACAAAUGGUAGUGCCAACGGCAACCAUGUCACCCUUGAGGAGCCUAGCUUCGCGACUUACCCAGAUCUCAAUGGCAAAGUUGUUUUCUUAACUGGUAUUGGCCAGACCGGCGACCAGCAUAUGUGGGGGAAUGGUGCUGCCACUGCCCGUAUUCUGGCCAAGCAAGGGGCCAAGAUUUUCGGAUGUGACCUGUACCUCGAAGCUGCUGAGCACACUCGAAAGCGCAUUGCCGCCGAGGGUGGUGACAUUACUGUCGUAUCUGCCGAUGUCACCAGCGACGAGAGUGUGAAGAAGGCUGUUGAUGCCUGCAUCGAGAAAUAUGGCCGCAUUGAUAUUCUCGUAAACAAUGUUGGUCGCUCUGAGCCCGGUGGCCCCGCUGAGAUGACAGAGAAGGUCUGGGACGCCCAGACCAGUGUCAACCUCAAGUCCGUCUACCUCUGCUGUCAUCAUGUGUUGCCGUUGAUGGAGGCGCAGGGCGGAGGCGCCGUGGUCAACGUUGCCUCCAUUGCUGGCCUGCGUUACAUUGGCAAGCCCCAGGUUGCAUAUGCCGCUACCAAGGCUGCUGUGAUCCAGUUCACCAAGGCUACAGCCGUCAUCUACGCCCCCAAGAAUAUCCGAAUGAAUGUUGUAGUACCUGGUCUGAUGCACACACCGCUGGUCGGCAUGCUGGCGGACAAGUAUGCAGCAGGAGACUUGCAAGGGUUCAUUGCUAAGCGAAACAAGGCCGUGCCCAUGGGAAAGAUGGGCGACUCGUUCGAUGUGGCCAUGACGGCUGUCUUCUUGGCUUCUCAGCAGGCUAGAUAUAUCACCGGACAGAAGAUUGUGGUUGAUGGCGGUAUCACCUCAUCGACUGGCUAA